GGACGUUGUUGAGCAGACGAAAGAAGAAGACACAAAGUUUCCUCGCAUUUGUAGAAGCGUUAGAUUGAUCGUGAGAUAUUUUUAGUGAUUAAAAUGAAGAGGAAUUGUUUUGUUAAUUUCACUAUUCUUGCCCUGUACUUGGUGGCAAUUUGUCACAUAGUGAUUGGAAAGAACGAGUAUACAAAACUGUUCGAGAAGUGUACCAACGAAAAGAAUAGUUUUAAUUGUUUGAAGAGGCGUGCGUUAGAGAUAUUUGAUUCUGCUAUUGACGAUGAUUCGGUUUACGUCCUGAACGAUUUCAUCUCAAUCGGAAGAGAUCCUACAUCCUUGGCUAGGAGUAAUAAGGGAAUGAAGAUACCUGUUCUUAAUAUCACGGAAAAGAGUCUCGACGAGCAGCUGGAUAAUAAAUUUCAUGAAUAUCUGUCAUCGAGGAAUAUACGCUUGACGAUACCUGGAAACACCUUUGAAGGUAGAAGAAAGAAAGACAAAGGAUAUGGAGGAAUAUUGAUGGCUGGUUUAGCUAUGGCAGGAAUGUUAGCUCAGCUUGCUUAUGGAAAGAUCGCAUUCCUUGCUGGUACUGCAUUGUUAACUGCGAAAAUAGCGUUGGUUCUUAGUGCGAUAAUUGGCUUGAAGAAAUUAGUAUCGAGCGGAGGUAGUGGAGGACACGAAGUGAUUUAUGCAACGGCUUCGGAACACCAUGGUGGUUAUGGCGGUGGUUACAGUGGUGGCUGGCAGAGAGCUCUGGAAGGAAUUCCUCCAAGUUGAUAUUUUAAACGACCAAUUUGUUAUAAAACGAUCUACUUACCGUUUAUAUCGACAUGUUCACGUUACAAAAACAGUUUGUUCGUUUUAAAAUGAUUAUAAAGAACAAUACCUUUGUGCAUUUCUUUCUUUACAUGUUUUUAAUUAAGCAUAUGAAUUUCACCUGUAAAUACUUGGUAGUAAUAAGUGCAAUUUAACAUGUAUUUAAUUAUUUAUGUAUUUAUUUGUAAAAUGCGUUUAUAUGUUGAUUUAAUAGGACCACUUACUUCAUUUAAAGCGUAAUAUUUUAAGUUUUUUGAAUAAGAUGGUCUAUAGUUUCUAAAAAUCUU